AUGGCUUCUUUACAAGUAGAUGCCUACAUAGAAGGUGGUUUUCCUGUGAGAAAAAUGGAGGAACCCAGAAUUUCAAUCAUGGAGGUCAUGCAAAAUGAAAAGCAGAUUGUGGUGGAUCCACUUUCAUUAAAAGAUUCUCCUACUAAACCGGGGUACCUUGACACCACGACGGUGUUGCCAACUAUAAUCACAACUUCAUCAGCCAUCAUUUUGCACCCUCCACCACUUCAACCUCCAAAGUCAAAGUUCUUAAGCAAGAGUCUCCCAAAUUCAGCAAACUCAUCACCUAGGUUUGCUUCAGCACUUUCCAAGAAGAAACCAAAAGGUGAGAGCCCGGAAUCACAAUGCCAAGCAAGUAAUAUCACCCUUCAGCAUUUGCUACAAGAAGUGCAUUUAAGGAAGAGCAAAUCAUGUAAUGAAGAAAGAGCAUUUGCCCCCUCGGAUGAAUUUGAUCGAUGGUUGACUAAACUAAGUGCAUUGGAUCAUGACAACUGGCAACAUAUUGACAACUUCUCCAAAAUUGAAGUUGUCAAAGGAAGUCCCAAGAGUGUUAACCCUAAGCACAUGAAAGCUACACAUGAUGGAUUCAAAUGCAAUGCUCUAUGCCUUUAUCUACCAGGCUUUGGUGGUAAAGUAAAGCCAGUUAAAGCAAGAAAGGAUCAAGAAUCAGAAAAGGGUGGUGUAAUGUCUAGAACAGUUUCCUUGGAAAAUUUUGAGUGUGGUUCAUGGGCUUCUGCGGCAAUAUUUAAUGAGAUUGAAGGAGAAUCCACUAACUCCUACUUUGAUCUUCCUAUGGAGUUGAUCAAAUGCAGUGCCAGUGAAGUGUAUUCACCAGUUUCUCCAUCUUUUGCUUUUGAAAGAGAUCUUAAAGGGAUUCUCAAGAAUGGUUCCUCUAGAGGCAAUGUUAGAAAAUCAGAUGCAUCGCCGCGCCAUGUUAGGUUUUCUUCAUCAUCUUCGGCAUCACAUCCUACCUCUCCAGUAUCUUGCAUCUCUCCUCGUUUGAGAAAAGCCAGAGAAGAUUUUAACGCCUUCUUAGCAGCAGCACAAACUGCAUGA